CUCCCCCAUGUUGCAGGUCCGUACGGAAGCUCCACGACAAACCCGGAGGCAGGAAACGAGGGAUUCACGGCCAGCUCCUGGGACGACUGUAAGGUCCGGCACGCCUUCAUCAGGAAGGUGUACAUGAUCCUCACAGUCCAGCUGUUUGUGACGUUCGGGAUUGUCAGCAUCUUUACCUUCAGUGAACCCGUGCAGAAGUUUGUACAAGAGAAUUCAGCGGUCUACUGGGCGGCCUAUGGUGUGUUCUUUGUGAUCUACCUUGUGCUGGUGUGCUGCGAGGGCCCCAGGAGGAAGUUUCCGUGGAAUGUCAUCCUGCUGGCCGUCUUUACCCUGGCCAUGUCCUACUUGACCGGGACUAUUGCAAGCUUCUACAGCACCAAGUCGGUGUUUCUGUGCAUCGGGAUCACGGCCCUCGUCUGUCUCGGGGUCACCAUCUUCUGCUUCCAGACCAAGGUGGACUUCACCUCGUGCCGCGGACUGUUCUGCGCGCUCGGCAUCGGCCUCUUUGUGUCCGGCAUCGUGGUCACCAUCACCCUCUCCUUCAAAUACAUUCCUUGGCUCCACAUGCUCUACUCUGCCAUCGCUGCCAUUGUAUUCACCCUGUUCCUGGCGUACGACACUCAGCUGGUCCUGGGGAACAGGAAGCACUCGAUCAGCCCGGAGGAGUAUGUGUACGGGGCCCUCAGGCUCUACACCGACAUCACCCAAAUCUUCAUCAAUCUUCUCCAGCUGUUUGGCUCCAGAUAAUGGCGGAUGAUGCACCUUGACCCCAUCGCCUUGAGUGGCCUCUACCCUCCUCUCCCCUCCACCCCCCUUCCCACCUCUCCCCUCCCUUUCCCUCCCCUCCCCUCCAUU